AUGAAUAAAUUAAAAAAUAAUGUUAUUAGAAGCAUUCCAAAUCUACAUCAAGAAAUGAAAAUAGAGCAUGGUAAAAUAUUAAGUGCAAUAAAACCUAAUGAAUUCUAAGAACCAAAAACUGCAAAAUAUAUAGAAUUGGAUCUAAAAAAUAAAAUUAAUUUCUCAAUUAGGGAGAAUAUUACAAGUUUAAGUUCAGAGAGAUAAUAACCAAAAAAAAUAAAGAAAAUUGAUGGAAAAGUGGCAACAAUUGUUGAAUUAAUUAAAUAAGAUUUACUUCCAAUGUUGAAUAUUCAAAACGAUAGAAUUGAGAAAUUAGAAAGAAGAAUUAAAGUAAAGAAUGAAUCAGAGGGUGAUUCUGAUUUACGUAAAUCUUCAUUAAUUUCUGAUAAAAAAUCUAAUUCAGUUGUAGAAAGUGAAGUCUAGAAUUUAUCCGUUAGUGUAGAUGAAAUAAAAAAAAAUUUAUCACAUUUAGAUAAUUUUGUUAAAUAUCAAUUCAUAAAACGUAAAUGUUAAGCUUCAGAAGUACCUGAUAAUAAAAGUAAAAGUGUUAUCUCUUAAAUCUAAGCUAAACUUAAUACAGAAAUUAUUUAAUAAAAAAUUGAAACUCAAUAAACAACUAAUUAAAUACAAGAAUACAUCACAUUAUAAUUAUAAGAAAUUAAAGAAUGGAUUAAUAAUAUAUCAAUUGAAUAAUAAAAGGAGAUAGAAGUCAAAUUAAAUUUGAUGGAAACUCAAUUUUAUUAAUUUCUUUAUCAACCCAUAGAGGUUUUAAGAUAAAUUUAAACUAAUUAAAAUGAUGUUUAAAAUAAAAUAAAGGAAUUUGAGUCUAUAUUUAAUUCUAAAAUAUUCUAAGACUAAAUUUAGAAUUCUUAAGUUAUAGCAAAUUGUUGUAAACUAAAUCAGAAUAAGAAGACAAUUUAAAUUAAUUGUGGUCAUUCAUACCAUGAUUAAUGUUUAUUAUUACAAAUAGAAGAGGAUCUAAAAGAGCAAAGAAAUAUAUGUUGUAAAGAAUGUCAUACCUAAAUUCAAUUCAAUAAAAUAUGUUAAAUAUCUAUCUCAAAAGAUAUAUAAGAUUAAAUUUAUAAAGAAUAAAUUAAAUAGUUGAUAAGGUCUUCUAAAUGUGAUAUAAUACAAUGUUUGAAAUGUGGUUUUUUGUUUAUUAAAGAUUAAUUUUGUCAAACUCAGGAAAAUAAUUGCGUUUAAUGUACUUGA